AAUUAAAUCUAAAUUUAAAAAAAUAUAUAUAUAUGUAUAUAUUAAGUAUCCAUAAAAACUGUUUUGAUGUAAAUUUACCAGUAAAAUAUAAAUUCUUAGAUUAAUAUUUUUGUUUUAUAAAGUAGCAGUCGAGCGAGAAAAACACCUUUCCAUUUUUAAAAAAUGUAUUUCCAGGUGUGUUCCACUUAAAUGAAUCAAAAGCUCUGACUGUCUCGAUGGCUCAGUUGCUUUCUGUGCACAAUCUGUCGCAGACCUCGCUACAAUCCACCCAGGAUCAAGGAAUACCAAACAUCGUUUUAACAGAAGACGAUGAGAAAUACCAGAGGAACGGUAGUAUCGGUAGCGUGUCCAUAAACAGCGACAUCAGUCUGCCGAAAAUCGACGGACCACCAGACGACUACAAUAACAAUGCUCCAAUACUUAAGAAAUUACAGCAGGCACCCGUGGAUCUUUCAUGGGAGAAUCUUUCGUUUUCUGUCUCCAAAGGAUGGAGGAAAAAAGAAAGAAAAGUGAUCUUGAAGGAUCUGUCGGGUCUGGUGACGUCGGGAGAAUUGACGGCAAUCAUGGGACCUUCGGGAGCGGGAAAAUCGACUCUGAUGAAUAUUCUAAGUGGAUUUUUGAAUGCAAAACACGAAGGCAAAAUCCUAGUGAAUAAUCAAAGAAGAAACCUGAACAUGUUCCGGAAAUUGUGCUGUUACAUUACUCAAGAUGAUUAUCUUUUACCUCAUUUAACGGUUCUGGAAUCCAUUACUGUGGCCGCAAAUCUUAAAAUUCCCUCAUCCGUAUCCCAAGAAGAAAGGAAGCAAAUGGUGACCGAUGUCAUAGAGAUGCUAGGUUUGACAGAAUGCGAGAAAACUAAAUCCGUUCAUCUGUCUGGAGGACAGAAAAAAAGAUUAAGCAUCGCGCAAGAACUUGUUAGCAAUCCACCCGUUAUGUUCUUCGACGAGCCAACUAGGUAAAAAGACAUUUUAAACGAAUGUAUAAAAUAAAUUAUGCAUAUAGAUAUCGACAUAGAUUCUUUGUAAAAAGAUACAGGAAGAUGAUAUUUAUAUACUUUUUCCUUCUUAAUAUUUAGCA